GGGCGGGGCCCCCGGGAGCCUUUAAGAAGCGCGGCCGCCGGUCCCCGACCCAGACGCGGGCAAGCGCCAGCCUUCGGACACCCGCAGCCCCGCAGCUCCGGCUCCUCCUUCUCCUCCAGCGGCCGCCCUCUGCAGCGAUGGACGGAGACGGGGACCCAGAGAGCGUGGGCCAGCCCGAGGAAGCCGCUCAGGAGGAGCAGCCGGAGGAGGCAGCGGGCACAGAGGAGCCAAGUGCUGGGGAGGAGCGGCCGGAGGAGGGAGACCAGGCUGCGGCCGAGGUGGAGGCCGAGGCGGGCGGCCACCUGGAGGAGCUGCCAGAGCAGCUGCUGCUGCGCGUGCUGGCCGAGCUGCCCGGGUCCGAGCUAGUGCAGGCCUGCCGCCUGGUGUGCCUGCGCUGGAAGGAGCUAGUGGACGGUGCCCCCCUCUGGCUGCUCAAGUGCCAGCAGGAGGGCCUGGUGGCCGAGGGCACUGAGGAGGAGCGCGACCACUGGCAGCAGUUCUAUUUUCUCAGCAAGCGGCGGCGCAACCUACUGCGCAACCCUUGCGGGGAAGAGGACCUGGAGGGCUGGUGUGACGUGGAGCACGGUGGGGACGGCUGGAGGGUAGAGGAGCUGCCCGGGGACUGUGGCGCCGAGUUCAGCCAGGAUGACAGUGUCAGGAAGUUCUUCGCCUCCUCCUUUGAGUGGUGUCGCAAAGCGCAGGUCAUCGACUUGCAGGCCGAGGGCUACUGGGAGGAGCUACUGGACACCACCCAGCCGGCUAUCGUGGUGAAGGACUGGUACUCGGGCCGCAGCGAUGCGGGCUGUCUAUACGAGCUCACGGUGAAGCUGCUGUCUGAGCAUGAGGAUGUGUUGGCAGAGUUUAACAGCGGGCAGGUGGCUGUGCCACAGGACAGCGAGGAUGGCUGGACUGAGAUCUCCCACACCUUCACCGACUACGGGCCCGGCGUCCGCUUCGUUCGCUUCGAACACGCGGGCCAGGACUCUGUCUACUGGAAGGGCUGGUUUGGGGCCCGGGUGACCAACAGCAGCUUGUGGGUGGAGCCCUGAGUUUGACUCCCAUCUUCUCCCCACCCUGAACCCUGCUGCCCUGGUGUGGGUAGAUGGGCCUUAAUGGUAGCACCCUGCAUCCCACCCCUUGGCCUCUUUCCCCCCACUGGAGAGGUUGUUGGCAUGCGUUGGCAUCUAUAUUUGCAUCUAGAACGUAAUAUCAAAGAUGAAUGGAGGGUCUGGGCUCACCCAGGAAUGUGUCUCCCCGAUACCACCCCACCUCCCUUUGCCUCUGCCAGUUCAGUGCCUGCCCCUACUCCCCACUUCCAAUUGGGCGCUCAAUAAAUAGUUUCUGUCCAAGGGA